AUGCGCUGUGUCCUGCAGCGAGUCAAGUCUGCGAGCGUCUCUGUCGACGGCGAGGUCAUCUCGAGCAUCGGGCGAGGUAUCCUCUGCCUGGUUGGCAUCGGCGCAGACGACUCGAAGCACGAGGCCGACUGGCUCGCCGGCAAGCUGCUCGCGCUCAAGGUGUUUCCCGAGGACCGCGAGGGCGAGGUGUGGGGCUGGAAGAAGAGCGUCGUCGAGGCAGACUACGAGGUCCUGUGCGUCUCGCAGUUCACGCUCCAGGCCAACCUGCGCAAGGGCGCCAAGCCCGACUUUCACGGCGCGUGUCCGCCCGACGUCGCGCGGCAGAUGUACGACGACCUGCUCGCCGAUUUGCGGCGGCGGUACAAGCCCGAGCGGAUCCAGGACGGCCGGUUCCAGGCCAUGAUGGACGUGCAGCUCGUCAACGACGGCCCCGUCACGCUCGUGCUCGACUCG